AUGAAGGGCAGGGGGCAAAUUGUUACCACGGGAGGUUCAUCAUCAUCAGAUAAAGGUGCAGCACUAUCAUCACAUUUCAGGUAUGAUGUUUUUCUGAGCUUUAGAGGCUACACAAGACUCAAAUUCACAGACACACUCUAUCAUGCUUUGAUCAACAAAAGAAUCGACACCUUCGAAGGUUCUCUUCUUGAAGCCAUUGAAAGAUCAAUGAUGUCAAUUCUGAUACUUUGUCAUAAGUAUCCAACUUCGCAAUGGUGCCUUGAUGAACUGAUCAAGAUCAUGGAGUGUUCGGAAAACGGAAGAAAGCCACCGGUGUUACCAGUCUAUUUCAAUGUGGCAAAAUCAGACGUGCAGUUUCAGCUUAAUGAAUACGGAAAAGCCAUGGCUGCGCAUGAAGAAAAAGGCAGAUAA